UGCAAGAGAAAGAAGUUGAUAAUGUCCUCAGAACAUGGAGCUAGCAAACGGCAUCAUAACCCAGUGGACAGUAUUUGCAGAAAGAUCAGAUCUAUCCAAAUGAUGGACCAAGUCUCUAAUCCUGUUUUGCAGAUACCAAAAUUUCAGUCCCGGAACUUUGACAGUCCACAGUGUAAUAUCAAAAAAAAUCUAGAAGAAAUACUAAAGAAAAGAACUUUCAAAAGUCAUAAUAAUACUGCUCCACAUUUCAUAAGUCCCAGUAGUGACAGUGUCUUCUCUCCAGACUUGCAGGUGCUGUCACCUUGUUUCAGGUGCACCUCUGACUGCUGUUCUGUGAAUGCUACCUAUUCAAUCAUUAAAAGUGAAGAGAAGACCGGCAAACCAUGGAUGCCAAUGUGCCAGAUCGAGAACAGUUCUCCAUCCCUCUUCAGAACUAGAGAGGCUAAUGCCCAGAACCAGUUGUGUGUUUUAUCAAGUACUGAAUCUAAAGAUGUGCCUCAUGAACAGAAAUACCUUACAUCAAGUCCAAAUUUACUUUUUUUGACAUCUGAUAAAAAGUCAGAAAGUGCUGUAAUCCAAUCUCCUGUGCCAAAGAGACUAUCUUUGGGUGAAAAAGGAUGGAAGUGGUCUCUGGGGUACAAAGCUGAUGAUAUGUAUGAUGUAAGCCUGAUUUGUGAAGAAGACUUACUGACUACUAUCUUCUGUGCAUGUGACGUAGAGCACACAGGAAAAGUAGCCGUUUCCAAGAUUGUUGAUUAUCUCAGACAUACAACUAGUCGGGGAUCUGAAGACAGUGGCCUUGAAGAGCUGUGCAACAUGCUUGACCCAGACCAAAGAGACAUCUCUGUGGACCUGGAAACAUAUCAUGCCAUCAUGAAAGAGUGGAUUGAAGACUGUAAGAGAAAAUGGGAAGAUGGUGCCAUGGAGGAACCAUCAGAUGGAACCAUGGAAAAUCUGGAGUUUAAAGUACCUACAAACAUCUCUGAAGCAAAAAGGAUGCCUGUCCGAAUGAAUAUUACAUCGGGAAGCUUGGAGGCCUUUGGAGGUGAUGCAUCUAAAGGAGACAUGGAGACUUCUGACUUGAUAAGCUGCGUCGCAGACUUGCAGUACAACAACCAGAAACUUCAGGAAGAGAACAACAAAUUGAAGCUGACGCUGGAAGCUGUGGAUGAGGCCAACAAUAAGUUAAUGGCAGAUAACGAGGAUCUACAUCAACAAAUAAAAAACAUCCAGCACUCUGUGCUGAAAGCCAAGUUGCUGGAAGAAGAACUGGAAGAAGCAAGAAACAACCUGAACUUCUCAGAAGAGAAGAGACAGCAGAUUCUAUGCCAGAAUAAACAACUAGGAAAAGAAAAUCAGUCUCUGAUCAUCAAAAUGACUUCUCUUCAGGAAGAGAAUAUCCGGAAUAGCCUGGACACUGAUGGACUUCAGAAGAAGAUUUUGGAGUUGUCCAAAACUGUAGCAGAGCUUCAAAUCCAAGUGCACAUCUAUGAGAGUGCUGUUGUGAAUAAAGAGGCAGGCUUGAUCCAGAAGGAGCAGGAUAUCAAAGAACUGAAGUCAACCAUUGUGGAAUGUUCUUCAAUAAUAGAGACUUUGCGAGCAGAAAAAAAAAAGCUACUGGAGAACAUGCAACACAUGCAGCAGGAGCUGAUCUCAAAUGGUCUGAGCUUCCCAUUGAUGUAUAAAUUUAACAGCAGUAUUGCAGAAGGAACAAAUUCACUGCACUGUGAGCUGGAACUUGCUCAGGCUUCUGAGUUUACCAAGACCGAAUGGACAUCUCUGGAUGAAACACUGGACCGUGAAGUGCUGUUCUUACUUCAAGGACCUGAACGUGCAGGAGAAAAAUUUAAGGCUAUUAUGCAAAAUCUGCAAGAGGAAGCUACUGAACCAGAGGAGCUUGUCAUGACUUCUUUACGAUGGGUGGAAGAUCCCGAUGUGGACAUACAGCAGGCUUGGGAGAGGAAACUUGUAAUUCUCAAGCAAGAGCUAGAAGAAAAAAGAGAUCUUUGGAUCCAGAAACUUCAUCUCUUAGAAAAAUGCAAGGAAUCCCUAGAUAAGGAUUUUAUUAGAAUGGCAGGCAACCUGAGGCGAACAAAGACAGAGCAACUUCACUUAAGGAAAGAGCUCUCUACCAGACAACGUGAGAUAGAAACUGUCAAACAGUUGCAAGAAGAAGCUGCUGGCCAGGCAGAAGCCCUUGCUUUAGAUCUAGAAAAAGCUACAAAGCAGCUUGAGGAUGCCAACGAACAGGCAAAGAAGCAAGUUGAGGCAUUUCAUUCUGCUUGUGAAGAAGCUGCAUCCUUGAAAUUCAGGUUAGAGGAAGCCAUUUCAGAGCAGCAAAAACUCAAGGAUGUGAAUGCAGCUUUAACCAGCACUUGCCAGUUGCUUCAGGAAAAGAUGGAAGAGCAGAAAACUACUGUUAAUGCACUGAGGAAAGAACCGCUUAAAGGGCAACUCUCUGGAUUGCGAUGUCAGAGCACUGUAGAUGAAGAAUCUGAUUAUAGCCUGCUGCCCACAUCAACUGAGCCUGUAAAAGGGAAGCAGCUCCACUGCUCUAAAAAACUGUGGAGCGAGAGACCCAGCUUGUGCACUGAAUCUCUCGGGACGCUGUCCACAGAUAUUUCAUGCUGGUGUCUUACACCCCUAUUAGAUGCUCUGACCUUGGAAACCUCAUGCCCAAAUAACUCUCCUGUGCCUGUCUGGCAUCCCCGCUAUAAGCAGAGCUCUGGCAGCUGCACGUCUGAGAAUUGCAGUCUGGCACAUGGGUCCACUCUGGAUGUGACAUCAACUGGGUGGAAGUGGAAAAUAUGCUCUGCUGGUAACUGUACUGAUGCAGAUCUUCCUGUUUCCAUUACAAUGAUGGACUCUUCACUUGCUGAGACGGACAGUGCAGAGCCAUCAAUACCAGUGAGUCUGAUUCCGUCCAGUGAUCACUCAACAUCACCCCAAGAAGUUCUUACAUCCUCUUCAGAAGGCAUCACAGCAGUAACAGACUGUCUUGUUAUGGAGGAAAAAUCACCUGAGCGCUUGCAUGCAAAAGAGGAAGAUGUGCCAAUUUCUGUAGCAAUGGAGAAAAAUAGUGAUAAGAAUCCUACUGAUACUAUGUCAGGAACUGAUCUGACCAAGAAGGAAUUCUAUCCUGUGACGGAAGAUCCCAAAACACCGCAAAACAUUUUAAAGCAAGACGUGGAGAUGGACCAGGAAAAGGAAGCCAAUCAGGAGCAGAGUGAGGAAGCACUGGCUGUGGUUCCCAGUAGGAAAGGGAGCUCACCCACUACAGGUGGCAUUAAAGGAGAUAAAACAAAGCAAAAUGAACCUGCCUCUCCUAAUGAGAAAGAGGUGGAGGCUGAAUUUCUGAGGUUGUCUUUAGGUUUUAAGUGCGACUUGUUUACCUUGGACAAGAGAGUGAGGCUUGAAGAAAGAUCCCGAGAUUUGGCUGAAGAAAAUUUGAAAAAGGAAAUCACAAAUGGCUUAAAGCUGCUAGAGGCUUUAGUUCCUUUGUGUGAAGAAGAUAACCAAGCCCAGGAGAUUAUUAAGAAGUUGCAGAAAAGCUUGCAGUUUCUUAGCCAGUAUGCAGCCCGUGUUGCCAGCAGAGCAGAGAUGUUAGGAGCUAUUAAUCAGGAGAGCCGUGUCAGCAAGGCUGUGGAAGUAAUGAUUCAACAUGUUGAAAACUUGAAGCGCAUGUACACAAAAGAACAUGCAGAACUUGAGGAGCUGAAACAGGUCCUGCUCCAGAAUGAAAGGUCUUUUAGUUCUCUUGGAGAUCAAGAUGAACCUACAAAUAAAAAGCUACCAAAUUCUCUUAACUUCAAGCCACCAUCAUCCCUACGAAGAGUUAGCCUUGCAACAUUGCCUAGAAAUGCUGGAAAUGCAGGUAUUGGGUUGCCACUGGCCCAGCUAAACGAAAUUGAUGGAGACGAAAGGAGUGACAAGUUCAACAGAAGAUCAAGCAGCUGGGGACGAGUAGGAGCAAAGCAAAAUGAGAAGCGUCCUUCACUACAGCGAUUCAUUAGCACGUAUUCCUGGGCAGAGUAUGAAGAUGAACAUUCUGAAACAAAAAACAAGGAGUCAGAAUCACCUCCUGAAGUACAAGAAGAGAAAGCAAGAAAAGAAAGUACCUCUGAAAAAGGGAAAUGUUCAUCAAAAUGGAACCUAGAGUCAGUGUGCAACUUAAUGUCCUCAUGGGCAUCUCAUCUCAAGGCUUCCUUCGGCAAUGCUAACAAAACUCUCUGGGUUUCUGUUUCCAUCCUGGUCCUGCUUGCUGCUCUCACAAGCUUCCUCACUGGGCUGUCUCUUCAAAGACCAGCAGAUGCAGCACCUGUAGGAACUGGGGACUCCUGGACUUCACUACAGCAACUGUUGUGGCCAUAUACAGGACUGCAACACAAUGGACCACCACCAGUAUAACAAAGGUUCUGAGUUUCAGUUUGUAAAGUUGCACUUCUGAGUUCAAGCUGACUGUAUGAGAAGCUGAGAUAGUAUAUUUAAGGCUUUUUUUUUUUUUUUUGAAGCAUGAUUUGAAAUUGAGAAAUAUUUACUUACUUCCCCCCCCAUUCUGACUUAAUUAUCUUCCAAAUGCCUAGAAGAGUCUCAAUCCUAUUCAAGCUUAGAAUAAAGAGGUCUUUUUGUUCAUUUUAACAAAAAAUAAAUGCUUGCAUUUCAGUCAUUAAAGCUAUUCCAAUGAUUUGAAUAGGAAAGGAUUAAAGACUUGAAAUGUAACUUUAUUGAAAGCUUUUGAUAAUAAAGUUUUUAAAGGAA